AUGUAUAAUGCAUAUAGAAAUUUAAAUAGCAUUGAUUCUGAAGUAUCUAUAUCUAUUUUCAAUAAACCUCUGUUAUUCCCUCACUCUCUUUUUUUCCUUUACUUUUGUUCUUUCUCUCUUUUUCACCCUAAUCCCACGGCGGCAGCCUUGCAGGCGCCGCCUUCGCCUCUUUCCUUCCUUCUUCGUAUUGUGCCGCCCUCGUUUUCCCUCACUCACCAGAAAACCCUCUUGAUUUCCCUCUCUUUUACCCUCAUUCACCAACUCUCAAUUUUCCUCGUUCUCACUGCCGCGAACCCAGGCGUUGCCUUCGUCCAAAGCCGCGAACCCACCACCACCAUUAUUGGUUUCCCUCAUUUUUACUCUCUCAGCGUCAUCUCUCUGUAUCUUUCGACGUCUUCAACCGAAUUAUCGGUUUUUAGGAUUAUUUUUAAUUUAGGGAUUUGCUAUCCAUUAUUUCUUAAGGCAAGGAAAUUUGAGGUUGAGAAAUCAAAGCUGAUGUGGUUUGACAUGCUGAAAUGGAGGAAGGAAUUUGGUGCUGAUACUAUCGCGGAGCCAGCAUACGAAGUAUUGUCGGAUAGCGAGAAGAGAAGUAUUUAUGAUAGGUAUGGUGAAGAGGGUUUGAAGCAGCAUGCUGCUGGUGGUGGAAUGAACAUGCAGGAUAUUUUUAAUUCUUUCUUUGGUGGGGGAUCAAUGGAGGAAGAAGAAGAGAAAAUUGUAAAAGGUGAUGACGUGAUUGUUGAUUUGGAUGCAACCCUUGAAGAUUUGUACAUGGGAGGUUCCUUGAAGGCUGAAACGUUAUAAAGGGUUCAAGGAGGGGAAUAAACAUUGAACGUGUGAAUAUAAUAUAAACUAUGAUAUGCCUGACGGUGCAGACACAUACUUGCACAGGGUUGGCCGGGCUGGAAGGUUUGGCAUCAAAGGUCUUGCAAUUACAUUUGUUUCAUGUUCAACUGAUGUGGAUGUUCUCAACAAUGUAUGACAAUUGACUCUUUUUUGUUACCAAUUUACAUUGUAUAGUUUUAGUAGAAAGCAGCCAUAGCAGUGUCAUGGUUCAGUGUAAAUCACAUAGGAUGUCAUAUGAGCAAUGUGGUGUAUUGAUAGUGAUGCUGGGAUUUAUGGUUGUUCUUUAUCAAUAUUGUUUUGGAGUUUAUGACUACAGUUUGUUUUAUUAUUAAAUGAAGUAAUAGCCUAAUGUCUUUGCAUCUCCAA